CUGAACUGCGCUUGUAAACAUAUUUUUAAUAACAAAUUGGUCCUUAAUUUUGUCAAGGAAUCCAAAGUUAAGUUCUAUAUUAAACUGGCAUUGUUCACAUUUACUUAGCAAUUGCCUCCGCGGAAGGUCGGCCAAGCAAUUGCUCUCUACAUAAACCAAACAAAUUAAUAUUCAAUGGAAUCCAUUUGCUCAUCCUUGGAGACGCUGUUUCCCUGUCGGGAGGCGGCCAUUGCCACCCUGGGUGAGCUGAUAGGAGACUCCAGGGAGGCCUAUCCCUCGGCUAUUUACCUAUUUGGGCACAGUGGAACCGGGAAAACAGCUCUGACCAGAGCUUUUCUCAAGGAAUGCGCAAAAAGGCAGAAAGUCCGUACCGCACAUUUGAAUGCCAUCGAGUGCUACACCACGAAAAUCAUGUUGGAGAUCCUGCUUGAUUCGCUGGCACCGGAACAAGGGGAUUCCCUUAAGGCGGACAACAUGCUGGAUUUCGUGGAGCAGCUGCGUCGCUGGCAUUGCGCCUCGGAUUCAAAGUCCUUCCUAAUCGCCGUGGAUAAUGCUGAACGCUUGCGAGACAUGGAUGCCAAUGUGCUGCCCGUUCUCCUUCAGCUACAACAGCUUACUAGCCUCAAUCUGUGCGUUAUCCUCCUGUCCCAACUUCCCUUCGAAAAGUUUUACAACAAGACCGGCCUGAGUGAGGUCAUUAGUCUUCACUUGGCCCAGUACAACAAGGCAGAAACGCAGCGGAUCCUGGGAUCUGAUUUCGCCCAGGUGCGAAGUCAACUACUGGACCAGUUUGGUCAGGAUAGUAAGCGCCUGGAGAUUUGCAAGGAAGCAGUGACGGAAGAAUUUUACAACAACUACCUCAAUCUAUUUCUGAGCGUCUUUUACAAAGCCUGUCGCGAUGUUCCGGAGCUUCAGUUGACGGCCAGGAAGUGCCUAUCCAUUUAUCUAGAGCCUGUACUGGAUGGAUCUGUGGAGGCCACGGAUGUGUCCCGACUCUGGCGACAUAUAGCCGGUCCUCUGCGUUCCGCGCUCACUCAGAUUUAUAUGCGUAUAGAGAAACCGCCCGAAGAGGCCGCAGAUUUCACCACCAUAGAGGAUCAGAGCGUUCGCAAGAUGGCGCAAUCGCUGGAGCUCCCCUACUAUGCCAAGUACCUGCUCAUCGCCGCUUUUCUGGCCAGCCACAACGCCGCCAAUCAGGACAAGCGGUUAUUCGUCAAGCACCACGGCAAACAGCGCAAGCGGAUGCAGACUGUGAACGCCAGAGCCAAGACCUCUGACAAAAUGUCCACCACGCUGGGACCCAAAUCCUUCACCAUCGACCGACUGCUGGCCAUUUUCUAUGCCAUUCUGGAGGAGAAAGUGGGCCUGACCUGCAAUCUUCUCUCCCAGAUCUCAACGCUAGUGCACCUCAAGCUGCUCAGCUUCGUCUCCGGCGAACAAAAUAUCAUGGAUGGCUCUGCUCGGCUGCAGUGUACCAUUGGCCUGGAGUUUGUCCUACAGAUUGGUAAGGUUGUGGGCUUCAAUGUCCGCCAGUAUCUCUGCGACUUUAUGUAG